GAGUGACCAGCAUAUUCAAAAAUUGCUCUGCUGACGUAGUAGUGGCUAUUCAUCUCACAGUGGCUGUAUGCUAGCAAUCUAGUUAAUACAUUUUGUACUCUGACCAUCAAUAAAUCAAGAACUGUUAAUGUGACGUCACUAAAGUCCAAGAAUAGUGUUACUGUAAUAUCUCGUGUAACCGCCGCGAGUUGCCGAUUUACAGUAAAAAAAAAAGAGAGAAGGGCUUCGCUGUGCGCCAAAUUGCACAAAAUGUUCCGUGGCUUAGGCAUUCAUAAUGCCUGGAAAGACAUAAGGAUUAAUAUGAUCUCUGUUACAUAAAGAGUUGUACUGUACUUAGCGAGAGUAGCUGUGUGUGAAAUUGUUUUCCUGAACGCAAGAACAGUGAUACAGAUUCUCAAAGGACCCGAAAGAUAAACGACGCCUGGCGCCCAAGCUUGUGGCAAGUAAACAGAGAAAGCACCGAGAACGGCCACUAAUUAAUUCCUAUAACUACUUGUACUAGGCUUCUACUUCACUCGAUCACCCUUUUUUCCAGACUCCCGUUAUUUAUGGGUUUUGUAGUUUACAGCCCUGCUGGUGUCGUCGUUAGGUAAUGCACGGGGUCGUCCGUUGAACGACAUUACCCACACGUCUCUGCGCGUUCUACUGUAGAAGCGUUGCUUAUCCGGGGAUAUCGCUACUGCUGUUUCUGCUCAGUCUAUCGCUCUCCCCCCCCCCUUUUUAGCGGAUUGACACAACAGGGUAGGAAUUAGAAGACGGAAAACAGGGGAAAAAUGGCAGAGCUUGGAGCGGGGAGCCUGCUGCCGGGUGAUCCUUCUUCAAAUGACCAAGAGCAGGAGCUGAACGAGCGUCUGAAGCGGCUGUACCCGGCCGUGAACGAGGAAGAGACCCCGUUACCCCGAUCCUGGAGCCCCAAGGAUAAGUACAGCUACAUCGGGCUCUCGCAGAACAAUCUGCGGGUGCAUUACAAAGGCCACGGAAAGAACCACAAAGAUGCAGCAUCUGUCCGAGCUACCCACCCUAUCCCUGCAGCCUGUGGCAUCUACUACUUUGAAGUGAAGAUAGUAAGCAAAGGCAGAGAUGGGUACAUGGGGAUUGGUCUAUCUGCCCAGGGGGUCAACAUGAACAGGCUGCCGGGCUGGGACAAGCACUCCUACGGUUACCACGGUGACGACGGACACUCCUUUUGCUCCUCAGGGACCGGCCAACCAUACGGCCCGACCUUCACAACGGGCGAUGUGAUUGGCUGCUGCGUGAACCUCAUCAACAACACAUGCUUCUACACCAAGAACGGACACAGUUUAGGUGUGGCCUUCACAGAUCUCCCACCCAACCUGUAUCCUACAGUAGGGCUGCAGACUCCUGGAGAAAUCGUGGACGCUAACUUUGGCCAGCAGCCAUUUGUGUUUGACAUUGAGGACUAUAUGAGUGAGUGGAGGGCAAAGAUCCACGGCAUGAUCGCCCGCUUCCCCAUCGGAGAGAGGCUCGGCGAGUGGCAGACAGUGCUGCAGAAUAUGGUGUCCAGCUACCUGGUGCAUCAUGGGUACUGCGCCACUGCCAUGGCCUUUGCUCGAGCCACAGAGACCAUGAUCCAGGAGGACCAGACCUCCAUAAAGAACAGACAGAGAAUACAGAAGCUGGUCUUGGCGGGUCGUGUAGGAGAGGCUAUUGAAGCCACACAGCAGCUGUACCCCGGGCUCCUAGAACGCAACCCAAAUUUACUCUUCAUGUUGAAGUGUCGGCAGUUUGUGGAGAUGGUGAAUGGUACAGACAGUGAGGUACGAUGCUUUAGUGUCCGCUCCAAAACCCAGGACAGUUACCCCGACUCCCCCAGCCUAAGCCCCCGACACGGAGCCACCAACCCCCAUCUGCACAGCACAGGUGCAGACAGUCCUACAUACAGCAACGGAGUGACCCCUUCUAACAAAAACAAGAGCCACAGCAAAUACCCUGGAGCAAGCUCUGCCUCUUCUUCUCCUUCCUCCUCCCCUUCCUCAGUUAACUACUCUGAGUCCAACUCCACUGACUCCACCAAGUCCCAGCCACACAGCGCCACCAGCAACCAGGAGACUAGUGACAGUGAGAUGGAGAUAGAGGCAGAACACUACAGUAAUGGAGUGGCAGAGAACUCCUCCACCCGCAUCAUGAACGGCACGUACAAGCAUCAGGAGAUCCUCCAAGGGGGUGACAGCAGUGUGGGCAACGGAGUAGCAGACGAUGGCUGUGGCUCGAGGCAGCUGUGUGGGGGCAACCAGGCAGCUACAGAGCGGAUGAUCCAGUUCGGCCGUGAGCUGCAGGCCCUGAACGAGCAGCUCUCUCGCCAAUAUGGCAAGAACGCCACGCACAAGAAGAUGCUGCAGGAUGCAUUCAGUCUGCUGGCAUAUUCAGACCCGUGGAACUGCCCAGUGGGCCAGCAGCUGGACCCCACACAGAGAGAAGCCAUCUGCUCUGCCCUCAACAGCGCCAUCUUGGAGUCUCAGAACCUGCCUAAGCAGCCGCCACUCAUGCUGGCGCUGGGCCAGGCCACAGAGUGUGUGCAGCUCAUGGCCCGAGUGCACUCCGGCUCUUGUUCCUUCGCCAGAGUCGACAACUUUUUGCACUAGCCCUAGUCCAGGCAAUGUUCAGGACCGCUAAGAAGAGGACUUUCCAGUUGGUUGCCAUGAGGAACACGCUUGUUUGAAUUAGUGUGUCGCUUGCCGCUUGCCACAGGCAGUCCGGAUGAGGAAUGACUAGAAACAUGAGGAGGAGAGAGGCUUCUUUUUAAUUUUAGUAUUAUCAAAUACAAAUUGUGUGACACUAUUUAAAGAUAAUUAAUUAUUAUUCCGUUUAUCUAGUCAUUUUUAUUUUAGUUUCUAUUUUGUCAGUUUGUUGUGCUCAUCUUAAACCAGAUUUCCCUUUUUUGUUUUUAUGGGUGGAUUCAAUGCAUAGUAUUCUACACACGCACCAUAUCAAGGACACACACCGUAGUCAACUCUUCUUGAAAGCGUAAGAAGUCUCCCUUAUUCAGAACUCAGGUAUUUGACACGUGUCAUUUUAGCAUGGGACACUGCAGAACGAGAUAUUGCUCUUAUCUGGCAAUAUUGUGGCUACUUAUUAAGGCCUCGCUCAUUUAACUGAAAUUUUACUGGCUACUGUACCACUUAACUACAGUUUUUAGGUUUUAGAGAGAUAUCGGUGGUGUUGUGGUAGAGGGAGCUCAGUUGUUCCCUUUACACUUGUUUUUCAGAUUCAUUUGAUAGUGCGUGUGAGAUUUGUGAGAAGGUGCACGGCUCCCACGUGUCUCACUUCCAAGCUAAUAGUAAAAGCUCAGGCACCAGCACCAGUCUUAUUGGAUACAGAACACAUAGUUGCAUUACAGACUUGGCUUCUGGGUCUGAGUGUAACCAAGCCUAUUUUUUAUGAACUCUGGUCUCUCUUCAAAAAGGGGCUUCUAUUUUAACGACGAUCUUUCUAGGGUACCGUACAGAUAUUAUGUUAAAUCCCCAGCUUUUUUUUUUUUUUGUAAGGUAUAUCAGAAUUAACUUGUGGGUGUCUGAUUAAUUAUAUGGCUGUAAGGAAUAAAAACUGUCAAUUUAUUGUCAAAGAAAAACAAGGAUAGCAAUUUCAUUCAUUUUGAAUAAUGGGCUUGGAGGACAGCUUCGGGCUUGGAAGCUUGACUUAGUACACUAAUUCCUACCUUUAUAUCCCCUCAUAUAGUGUUUAUGGUAAGGUUUUCCCCUGAAAUAAUGACAAGUACUGAUAUCUUAAUUGAUUCUACAUUUGUUUGUUGUUUGACUAAUUAAUUGGAGCAUUUGGAGACACUGUACUUUGGCCAUUAUUGAGUCCUAGCAUGCAAGAUGAUAAUUAAAGCCCAAAAAUGAGUAGAAAGUUAGAUUUGCUAUAUUUUUUGCCCAAACCAUCUUUCUCAACCAUUUUGCCCCGUUCUUUUUUUUUUUUUUCCUCUUCAUUCUCUUUUCUUUCCUUCUGAUUCUAUUUCCUGCCCCUUUUGCCAUCAUAAGCUGCAGCACUUUGAUUCUGCACACAGCACUGACUCAGUCACUGUAUGACAUGUGGCUACAGCCGGAUUCUUCUUCUCUUCUUGCUCUUUCUUGGGGUUUCCUUUUUUUUCUAUGCUAUUCUCUCAUUUUGAUUUUGCUUUCUCGCCCAGCGUGGAGUGAGAGAUCGUUCGCAUCCAUGUGUUUAACCCAGUAUUUCGCCCAGUCAGCCAGCAAGUGGUGCUCCACUGUGUCGUUGAAUGUAGCCUAGCCGUUUACUCCGUUUAUUACUCAAGUUUCGCUGCUGGCCACCAUGAGAUUGUUUGUUACAUCCCUCAUCGUUACACCUACCUUUGGACAUAUUGCAUUGUAUUUUCAGUUAUACCUCACUCACAUUUCGAACAACCAUGUCUAGCUUGUUCGUGUGACAGGAAGCAGUAGUAAAUAGGGACAAUAGUAGAGGCUGUGCAGUAGCUGGUUUGGUUGACUCGUUCACCAGGCAGGCCGGGAGGGUCCAGGGCUGUCAGAGGUAAUGGUCUGGAGAUUCUAUCUUAUGUACUCCUCAAGAUCACUUGCUUUUCAUCUUAUGAUCAACAGGAGCUAAAGCCAAAUACAUGACUGUUUAGAUAAUAAAAUAAAUUAAUAAAUGUUCUCUCUGACCACAUGGUUAUGGCUACUUCUAUGGCUACUGCUUUGUACACUCUCUGACACCUGGUAAUCUAUGUUCAAGUCAGCAUAUGUUUAAGCAUUUCUUAUUCUGGUAGAUGAAUUGAUGAAGAUAACUGAGUGGUGUUACCCUGUUGCAUGGAGACAUCAUGUGUCACUCUUAACAGAGCCAUAAUUGUUUGAUAUUGACACACAAUGCCAGCUCUAACUGAAAGCUCAUACUUUUACUGAUGUGUAAGUAGUGGAGCUCGUGUUUUGGGAUUGUUUUUUAAUGGCAAAAGAAAAGAAAACGUCUUUGGGAACUCAUCAUAGGCUAACCACCCAAACUGUAUAUUGCCAUUUGAAAGUGAUCCAUCAUAGAACUUAAUCUCAAAUAGGGACCUACAGUAUACUAUGAAGGGAAAAAAAAUUAGCUGAAAAUCCUCCCAGGACACAUUUGUCCCCUCUUUGCCCAUCCAUGUGGUGCCAUCUUGUGCCUCGGAUGACGGAGAAGCAGGACAAAUAGAGCUAAAGCUGAAUACAACAAGCUGUGCACAAUUUACUUCUGUUAUGAUUUAAAAUUUUAUUUGAGUUUUAAUUUUAGCCAUUGUGAAAUGAUUUACCCUCUACUUAGCAUGAACCUUUAAAAACCUUUAAAACAACAUAAAAAAAGGAAAAUGAUGGAAAAAAAAUACAAAAAAAACUAUGUACUGGAAACAUGUUAAAGAAAUAUUGUACUCGUUUAAUUUUGACAGAAUUAUUUUUAUUAAAAUACACAUCCAUGAGCAUA